UAAAGACUGAGCUGUUCUCUGUCUCACACUUAACACUCCUUCUGCAAGAACAGGAAGAUUGGAAGGUGAGGAGAAAGCGAGGAAUAUCAGUCCACCAGAAAAAUACAGAAAAUAUAGAAAAACGCAGAAAAAGUAAGGAUGCAGUCAGAAGAGCUCAUGUCAGUGGCAACGCUUCAGCCUCCAAAUGCGUCCUUCACUUCAGGAUAUCUGGAUUUUUUAAACUCAACAGAAUGGCAACUAGUCUACUCCAUUAUUCCGCCGUACAUCUUCAUCGUGUGCUUGACAGGAAUUCUGGGAAACUCCUUCGUAUUGCUAGUGUUCCUGCUCCAGGGAAGCCGCUGGUCCGUGCCUGAGAUCUAUCUUGGAAAUCUGGCGCUGGCUGACCUCAUCCUACUUGUCUGCCUGCCUUUUUGGGCCAUGAACAUCCUCAACUAUUUCAUGUGGUCUUACGGAGAGUUCAUGUGCAAGGUGGUCAACCUCUCCAUCAACGUCAACAUGUACACCAGCAUCUACAUGCUGGUGAUGGUGAACGUGGAUCGCUACCUUGCCCUCGCCUUGACCAUGAAGGCCAGGUGGCUUCGGCGGAAACGCUACGCCAAAGUCAUUUGUUUUGUUCUCUGGCUGUUCGGUUUGGGAAUGGGAGCUCCGACAGCUGUCAUGCGAAAACUGAAAGAUAUCCCAGCUCACCAAGCCGUCGAAUGCUACCUGCAUUAUCCCAACGUGAAUUGGAGAAUUGCUCAUCUUCUGCAGUUGAACCUAGUGGGCUUUGCUCUGCCGUUCCUGGUCAUCACGUUCUGCUGCGUCAAUAUCAUCCGGGCUUUGAAGCGACAGAGACACAAUGGUUAUUUUGAGGACAGAAACGACAGGAAGGCUACAAUCCUGGUGUGUGCCGUCACCCUGCUCUUUCUGUUCUGCUGGGGUCCGUUUCACGUCGUAGCUUUCCUCGACUUACUCUGUGACCUAAAGGUUUUGGAUGAGAAUGAGUGGUUUCACUUUCUAAACAUUGGAAACCAGUUUUCUGUGUAUCUGGCGUUCUCAAACAGCUGCCUCAAUCCAGCGCUGUAUGUUUGCUCAGGAAACUAUUUCAAGAGAAAAGUCAGCAGCAUCUAUAAAAGAAGAAAACGCUCCUCGGACAUGACCGCUUUACAGCGGACCAUCUUAACCUCUACGACAACCGCCAAUCAAAUCAAGCCUGUUGUGUUAAAUGAGAAAGAGUAG